CACGCUGACCUCUUGCAAACGGUUGCAGGAGGCACGCUGGUGACCGCCUCAAAUGGUCUAGUUUGCCCCCUUUUUGGGGGUCUCUCGCUCUCUCUCACUCUUGCUGAUUAUUCUGCUUUCCAAAAGAAUCUGCUAGGAAUCUCAGCGAAGGGGGCGAGCAAAAACUGGUGUCAGGAGGGUUAAUCAAUCAAUCAGCGGAGGAUCUGCAGGUCUGGGAGGAGGCAUUGGAGGCCGGGCUCAGAGGGAAGCGCAGAGAGGGGUGUGUAUAUAAGACAUUGGGAGGUUCAUACUGCACCUUCCCCAUCUCUCCGGCCGCCUCCUUCCAAACCAUCCCGAAUUCCUGCAGAGCCAGAGACAAGGCUGCUGCCUGGUGUAGGACGACAGAAGAGAGGAUUAGGGAAGUCCCCCGCUCUUUAAUUGCUAUUAUUUAAAGUCCCCCCUCCCGUGCGCGCUCUCUCUUGCUCGCUCCCCGGGCGAGCAUCAGAUGACAGCUCCACACCGAGGGAGGGCAAAGCAAGCUGCUUGGCCACCAGCAGACAGUAUCUGAUUCAGGGAUCCGCAGCAGGCAGCUCCUGUACAACGAGAAAGGGAUCGUCGCUCCACAGGCGGAGAGCCGGAGUGGAGAGAGCGGCGAGUUCGGGACCUGCAAGCCUGCGGAGGGGAUCCCCAACCCAGCAGCCCCAGGGCGCAGCGGAGAGCGGCUUCGUCUCCCGUGCGCGCUCCCCUCUCCAAACCUGAGGAGGGAAUUGGCGCCCAAGAAGACCCGCCAGGGGAAAUCCUCUGCAGGAAGGAGGGCUUGAGCCCCACUAGGGACCGACAGACGGACCCCGCCACGAAGGCCCGAUCCGGCGGCGCCCGAGGAUGCUGCUGCUGCCGCUGUGGCUGCUGCUGCCGGAGCUGGCGCUCCUCGCGCCGGCUCAGAAGUUCUCUGCGCUCACGUUUUUAAGAGUGGAGCAAGACAAGGACAAAGAAUGCAGCCUGGAAUGCACGGGGUCCCCCCAAAAGUCGCUGUGCGCCUCAGAUGGCAGGACUUUCCUGUCCCGGUGUGAAUUCCAACGGGCGAAAUGCAAAGAUCCUCAACUAGAAAUCUCCCACAAGGGCAACUGCAAAGAUCUUUCAAGAUGUGUGGCAGAGAGGAAGUACACUCAGGAACAAGCACGCAAGGAGUUCCAGCAAGUGUUUAUUCCAGAAUGCAACGAUGAUGGCACUUACAGCCAGGUUCAGUGCCACAGCUACACAGGCUACUGUUGGUGUGUCACUUCCAAUGGUCGUCCCAUCAGUGGUACAGCCGUAGCACAUAAAACUCCACGUUGCCCAGGUUCCCUAAAUGAGAAGCUGCCACAACGUGAAGGUACAGGAAAAACAGUCUCCUUGCAAAUCUUUUCCAUUCUGAAUUCAGAUGAUGCUUCAGCUCCUGCACUGGAGACUCAGCCCCAAGGUGAUGAAGAAGAUAUAGCUUCGCGUUACCCUACAUUAUGGACUGAGCAAGUAAAGAGCCGACAGAAUAAGACCAAUAAAAAUUCUGCCGCGGCAUCAUGUGAUCAAGAACUUCAGUCAGCAUUAGAAGAAGCUAAACAACCUCAGAAAGACAAUGUGUUCAUUCCAGAGUGUGCCAGUGGUGGCCUUUACAAGCCAGUGCAGUGUCACCCUUCCACGGGUUACUGCUGGUGUGUUCUUGUCGAUACAGGACGCCCCAUACCUGGUACAUCAACAAGAUAUGAGCAACCCAAAUGUGAUAACAGUGCCAGAGCUCAUCCAAGCAAAACAAAAGAUUUGUUCAAAGGGCGCCAGCUUCAAGGUUGUCCAGGACCCAAGAAGAAUGAGUUCUUGACAAGUGUUUUGGAUGCGCUCUCCACAGACAUGGUGCAUGCAGUCUCUGAUCCUUCCAGCAGGCUUUCAGAACCAGAUCCUAAUCACACUCUGGAGGAAAGAGUUGUCCACUGGUAUUUUAAACAACUGGAUAAGAAUGCUAGUGGUGAUAUCGGCAAAAAAGAAAUCAAGCCGUUUAAGAGAUUCCUGAGGAAAAAGUCCAAGCCCAAGAAAUGUGUGAAAAAGUUUGUGGAAUACUGUGACGUGAAUAAUGACAAAUCCUUAACGGUUCCAGAACUAAUGGGUUGCCUGGGGGUUACGAAAGAAGAUAACAAGGCAGACACAAAGAAACGUCAUACUCCAAAAAAUAAUGGUGAAAGUACUCCUUCCAACAGGCAGCAAACCUCAAAGAAACAAGGCUGAACACUUCAUGUCCAAGGCAGAUCUCUCAGAUGCGUGGGAGACUCCCUCACCAAAAGGCAAUUAAAAAAAGAAAGAACGAAACCCAACAACCGUAGUAUUUGCACUUUGUACUUUAAAUGUAAAUUCACUUUGUAGAAAUGAGAUAUUUAACAGACAUUUAAGAGAAUCUGUGAAAAUGUAGUAACAGCUUGUUUUUAAACAAUUAUCACAUACAAUGUAUGUGCCUUUUAUUGUCUGAAAUCUGUACGUGUUGGAGGUGUAAAAGUUUGCAUUUAAUCUUUUUUUGAAAGAAGAAUGUUCAGUUGGACAUUAACAUAGAAACUAGUCUUGUAGUAUUUUUCUGUUCAGUAAUUUUGCUUGUUUUCUACAUAGCUAUUGAUUUUUUAUGAAGUUAUACGGAAAACCUGCUCAUUUCAAAGUCUACUGUACUCAUAAUUUUAAUGAAUCUCUUUGUUAAGGUUGCAUAUUCCUUAGGCUUAAACCAAGAAUUGGAAAUUGUUGUUGACUUCUCGUGCACCUUAUAUAAUCAGAGGAACCUUUUCUCUGUUGGUGUUUAGAGGGUUAAAAAAAAUUGGUGUUGACUUUCUCCAGAGCACAGUUGCACAACAAGAAUGCAACCACUAAUUGAUUGGAAAUAAAUCUUUUGUAGGUUUUCCUUUGUAUUCCCCCGCCCUUUAGAGGACAUCAGUAUAAUAUAUAUUUUUCUUCCCCGUUCUUCCUGCUUUUGGGUAGGUUUAGUCAGCCUUUAAACUGGCAAGUAUGUGGUGUCACUCAAAACAAAAUCUGCCAAGCCCCAGAAUAGACAUAAUAAGGCAAUAAAGGGGCACAAUUGUUCAGUAUUGUAAAUCUAAUUAUAAGGAGACAAAGAAGGUAGAACAGGCUUGUCAGUCUUUUCUUUUCCUUACACUUGGCUGAGCUGUGAUAUGCAACUUGCGGUGCCCCGGGAUCUACAAAAAGGUAAAACUAUCACUUGAACAAAUUAUGAACAGUUAUUUUAGGGAGGUGCAGACAGCACAAGCCGCCCCUUAGGGCAUCAUUCUUGCCAUCUGGGAGAUGUUCUUACAAGUUUUCAUACCUUUCCUUUCAUUUGGAGGGAGUUUUCUUCUUUCACCCUUUUCCUGGAAUGCCUGAAGGAAAGAGAACUUGCAGAUGUGAACUUGAUGGCAAAGAACAAAGAAUAAUAAUAAAGAACUUUCGCUUCAGACCUUGGACAGCAAUAAAUUAUACAGUAAGCAGCCAGAGACAACAGCGUGUGGGGUAGGGAGAGUAUGAGCAUAUAGAUAUCUUAGAGUUGAAAGGGAUCCAAGGAUCAUCUAGUCCAACCCCUGCAAUGCAGGAAUC